CAAGCGCGGAUAACGGAUCCACUCGCCCAUCUUCAAGCGGUCAUCUUUAUUAAACCUCAGGAAAUAAAAUAAUUAUUUUGAUUUAAAAAAAAAAAAACUAUUCUCACUGUAAUAAUGUAGGCCGUACGGCGUGAUAAGAGCUUGGACACCGAUGUAGGAAGACACCGAUCGCUUCUCAAGUCAAAAUGUCCCUGGCUCAAAGGGUCUUGUUAACCUGGGUCUUCACCCUGGUCUUCCUGACUUUGCUAGUCCUCAAACUGGAUGGAAAGGUGCAGUGGAACUGGUUCCUCAUCUUCCUACCUGUAUGGGUCUUUGACGGCAUUCUCCUUCUAAUGCUCACCAUCAAAAUGGCCGGUCGCUGCAAGCCGGGUUUCGACCCGCGGAACGGCUCGCCGGACCUGCGUUUACGCGCCUGGUACCUGGCGGCCAUGCUGCUAAAGCUAGCCUUCUGCCUGACGCUGUGCGCCAAGCUGGAGAAGCUAGCAGAGGUGAAGCUGACUUUGGUGUGCAUCCCUUUGUGGACCAUGCUGCUGGGGGCGCUGGUCGAGCUGGGCCUCAACAUCUUUCCUGAGAGGAGAGACGCCUGAAAGGGAUAAUGACUGAAUGUGUUAAGACUACUGUGAACCGUACACUGGAUGAUAACUUUACCUGUUUUGUUGCCAAUAUGUUCCAGUAUUGCUAAUUUGUGAUCUGUUGCACAUUUCUUGUUUCGUCCAAAGUACUGUAUUCUGUAGCUAAAAGUUAAAUGCCGAUUAGAAAUGAACAAACUACGCUACAUAAAUUAUUUGCAUUCUUUUGCACUGUGCUGAUGUUGGAAAUAAACGAUUCUGUAUUGAAAAUGUAGGACGUUUGGCCUCCAUUCGUGUACAUCGAUCUUAUGUUAUGAAAACUACACACAACAGCAUUCAACAGACAAAAUAGGCAAGGACGUAGGUUUGGUCUCAACAUUGGUAGGGACGAUAUAGCAUAACGUGCACUUCUAAGCAGCUACCUAUCCCAGUUUUGCAGGUUAGCAAGUUCACACAGUUUAAUGUUAGGCUAACUCUGAUGCAGGUCGGACUUUCAGUAGAAAAUUAGUGGUGUGUUCCCCACCUCCAAAACAUUGGCGUCUUUUUUAAUUCUUUACAGUGGUGCUGCUGGCCGAAAAAAACUUCUAAUAUCCCUCAUUGAAGGGGGUUGAUGAGGCGGCAUUUUUUUGACAUUUAUUUCUGUUGGGGCUGUGCGAGUGUGCGUGUCGGGUGUGGGUCAAGUCAUCAGCCAAUAAAGUGUGCGUUUGAGGGGGAAAAAUGGACCAACACAUUCAGCAAAUGAAAAGGGGUGAACAUGAUAAAAAUAGUUCUAAUGAAUAAUGUUAUGCUAACUGUGAUGCAGGUUGUACUUUUAGUAGCAAAAUUAGUGGUGUGUUCCCCACAUCCACAACAUUGACGCCUUUUUACAUUUCUUACACUGGCUGCUGCUGGCUGAAAAAAAAACUUUAAUAUCCCUAAUAUCAAAUGGGUGUGUGUAUG